AUGUCGUGUUGUGAAAGAAAUGAAGUUUCAGGAAAAGAGGCGGAGCUAAAGCAGAUCUCAGGGGCCUGUGCUUUGUUGGCUGCUCCUCUGUGUGUGGCACGGCUCCGUGGUCCAGACCCAGAUCCAGAUCCAGACCCAGAUCCAGACCCAGACCCGGAUCCAGACCCGGAUCCAGACCGGAUCCAGACCCAGAUCCAGACCCAGACCCGGAUCCAGACCCGGAUCCAGACCCAGACCCGGACCCAGGGAGGGACCUCACAGUGUGGCUCACAGCAGGUCUUCAUUCUGCUCCAGAACAUCCGGAAGAAGAGCCCCAACUGGAGCUCGGACACACUCCUGUACACUCCGUCUCGUCUGCAGUUCCGGCACUGCCCGGGCUUCUCCAUGAGCUGUAUGGAGUCUGAGAUGAAAACUCUUCUGGAGGAGUGGGUCAUCAGCAAAACCAUCAGAAUCGGCAUCCUCAAGAUCCUCCGCAAACACACGAUCAAAAAAGACCAGGUACAGACCCAAAACUCCACCGAAACCAGACCAAAGACCAGGUACGGACCCAAAACUCCACCGAAACCAGACCAAAGACCAGGUACGGACCCAAAACUCCACCGAAACCAGACCAAAGACCAGGUACAGACCCAAAACUCCACCGAAACCAGACCAAAGACCAGGUACGGACCCAAAACUCCACCGAAACCAGACCAAAGACCAGGUACGGACCCAGAACUGCCACCGAAACCAGACCAAAGACCAGGUACGGACCCAAAACUCCACCGAAACCAGACCAAAGACCAGGUACGGACCCAGAACUCCACCGAAACCAGACCAAAGACCAGGUACAGACCCAGAACUGCACCAAAACCAGACCAAAGACCAGGUACGGACCCAGAACUCCACCGAAACCAGACCAAAGACCAGGUACGGACCCAGAACUGCACCGAAACCAGACCAAAGACCAGGUACAGACCCAGAACUGUACCAAAACCAGACCAAAGACCAGGUACAGACCCAGAACUGCACCAAAACCAGACCAAAGACCAGGUACAGACCCAGAACUGCACCAAAACCAGACCAAAGACCAGGUACAGGACCCAGAACUCCACCGAAACCAGACCAAAGACCAGGUACGGACCCAAAACUCCACCGAAACCAGACCAAAGACCAGGUACAGACCCAGAACUGCACCGAAACCAGACCAAAGACCAGGUACGGACCCAGAACUCCACCGAAACCAGACCAAAGACCAGGUACAGACCCAGAACUGCACCAAAACCAGACCAAAGACCAGGUACGGACCCAGAACUGUACCAAAACCAGACCAAAGACCAGGUACAGACCCAGAACUGCACCAAAACCAGACCAAAGACCAGGUACAGACCCAGAACUGUACCAAAACCAGACCAAAGACCAGGUACGGACCCAGAAACUCCACCGAAACCAGACCAAAGACCAGGUACGGACCCAGAACUGCACCAAAACCAGACCAAAGACCAGGUACAGACCCAGAACUCCACCGAAACCAGACCAAAGACCAGGUACAGACCCAGAACUGCACCGAAACCAGACCAAAGACCAGGUACAGACCCAGAACUGCACCGAAACCAGACCAAAGACCAGGUACAGACCCAGAACUGCACCAAAACCAGACAGUAAAUCUGCCGUGACCUUUGCAGAACAUUUGUAAAUGAGGCUGAAGAAGUUAAUCGUCUGUAAAUAUUUGGGGGAGUUUUCAUGUCACACAGAAGUGAAACUUUAAACUCGACAGGAAACAGCUGCAGCUCCAGAGUCUGGUUCUGUUUAGCGACGCAGCGUCUCCACAGUGAAACGUCUUACACAUGUUUAACCUCCACAUCGACUGUACAUCAGCAGAGUUCAGCUAAACUCUGAGGAGGUCAGAGGUCAGACGUCCAGAACAUCAGAAUCUCUCCUCGUUUUAUCAGCGUCAACAGACGAAUCCACGAAAACACAAGUUUAAACAUUUCAACAAAAUGUGUUCACACAGAAACACACAGCAGGUUUAUGUUACACAGAGCUGCAGGUUC